AUGGCAGAUAUCAUCCAGAGAAGAUCAAUGAUUGUCAUAGAGAUCAACAGCAAAGAAGAUGAGUGUUUGAGAGCCUGGAGGAAAGGUUUCCAGAAGGGCAUGACUGGGUCAAAAAUCAGAAGUCAAGUAAGAAUGGCGGAUGUAGCCAGCAGGACAGAAGAGCCUCAGACAGAAACACCUGGACCAGCUUGGCCUGACCUAACCACCAAACCCUUUCAUCUCGCUGGAGCUCGACUUGCAGAAAACAUCCGGCACUACGGGUUCUCAGAAGCCUACAGUGAGAAGCCAGGGGAGGAUUUUGUAAAGCUCUGUAGUACUGUGAUCGGUGGGAUACUCACAGUGUUACAAAACCCACAGACACCUGUACAAAAACCCCAGGGCCAAAAACAUCAUUUGCCUGAGAAAUCUUCAGCCUGGAUCUGGUGCCACAGGGGCUGUGCCACAGAUAAGCUCAUCUUCGGACAAGGAACCCAACUGACUGUGGAACCAAGGAUUCAGCCUCCUACCAAACCAUCUGUUUUCAUCAUGAAAAAUGGAACAAAAGUUGCUUGUCUGGUGAAGGAUUUCUAUCCCAAGAAUGUACAGAUAAGUUUCAAACCAUCCGAGAAGAUAGCAGAAUUUGACCCCGCUAUUGUCAUCUCACCCAGCGGGAAGUACAGUGCUGUCAAGCUUGGUCAGUAUGAAGAUUCAAGUUCAGUGACAUGUUCUGUUCAAUACAACAAUGAAACUGUGCACUCUACUGAUUAUGAACCAAAGAAAAGUUCUUUGGAUAAUCCAAAACCAACGGAAACUGAAAAUGUGAAACAAACUUCAGAACCAACUUGCCAUGAACCAAGAGUUCAUACCGAGAAGGUGAACAUGAUAUCCCUCACAGUGCUGGGGCUACGAAUGCUGUUUGCCAAGAGUAUUGCCAUCAAUUUUCUCUUGACUGCCAAGUUGUUUUUCUUUUAAGGCUGAGUAGUCUGAUGAGGCUACACUCCCUGAAAGAAGCUUAUGUUGAUGCUGCAUCCUUGGCUUCUGAGUUCUUGGUGAUUCAAGUUGAUCUGUCAUAGCUUUAAAUGGCUGCUAUCCAAACCAAUUUCCCUUUGAAGGCAACAAAACCCAGCUCAUUCUCCAGUCUGGUAGAAAAGAAAAGUCCUGGGGACUGGGGGGUUAUGAUCUUGACUCCUUUACAUACUGCUUUAUAAAGGGAUACAGAGAUAUAUAAAUAUAGACUUAUUUUAUGUUACUCCUACAACUAAUACACUUGGAAAAUGAUGUUUUAUUCGUCUUUACUUUCUUUACCUCCAGAAGUAGAAAGUAGGAAGUAACAGGUCCCCAACUCCAUUUGCCAUGAGGAAAAUAGGCCCUGGGAGGAGAGCAGGUAUCCUUUUUUCUAAACCUGGAAGGCUGUGCUCAACCUAGCACUGGAUUUGCACCAAGCCAGCAUCUGCAUCCUUUUCUACAGUGACUUGACCUGCUCUCCAUAUUUGCUCUGAUAGCCACAGUAGAGAUUUUGCAGGGCAAUACUGGGGCCGGGAACAUUUUCAGCACUUUCUGCUUUUCCUAGUACUUUAUAAACAAAAUUACAUUUGGUUUCUCCAAUACUCUCUAAGCCAGCAAUGGGAUUUCUAAAAUCUCAUCUAAACACUCUCUACUCUCUUAGCAAAGAUGAAGUAAAAUAUAGAGGAAAGGCAGCUCUAUGUGAAUUGGUCUCACUUAUACAAACUGACUAAGUCCCAGGCACUGUACUGAGGGUACAAAGAUGAAGAAGGCAUGGGCCCUGGCCAACAACUUGCUGUGCAAGUGUUUUGGAAGGAGGGAUAAGAAUGAGACCUCUCUCUUUCUUUGUAAAAAUAAUGUCUUUAUUGCCUUUUGCCUGCUAAUCUGUGCACGGGGAGUUUGAGAUCACUGGACUCUGAUUCUUUGCCUAGGCCUUUGAUGUUGGUAGUUUUCUGUCUUUCUUCUCAAUGCCUGUCUCUGUUGCAUUUUAUUAAACUGUAUUUUG